AGCUGGAGCUCCGGAGGCAAAAGAGAAGAACUAUUGAGGACAGAGAUACAGUGAGAAAGAGAGAGAAGACAGAGAGAGAAGCGGGGUGUACUAGUGCUCCACUCCACCUAUGGCUUUCUAGCAAUCUGGAUCGUUGAUUUCCACGGCUUCGAAAUAAUCUGACGGCUAGGGAUACUGGGAACGUUCGCUAUCAGAUACAGAUCCGAUGGAUGAGAUGGGUUCCGACUUCCGAGUAAUCUGAAUCAUUGGGUUGGGUCCCACUCAAAAGGCGCGCAAUUAGGGAUUAAAAAUCGGAUCAGACCGUUCACGGUUAGCGCUAACUAUCCAGUUUGAUGAAUCCUAUAAAUUGGGCACAUUUUUUUAUUUUUUUUUUUAAAAAACCUAAAUCCGAUAUCUGAUCUGAAUCUUAAUCCGACGAGAAUUUCACCGGCGACGAUCAUCUUCUCCGGCGAAAUUGUUCUCCUCCAAAACCUCGCUUUCAUGGCGUUGGUGUAGUGAGACUUGACUGUAGUUGUUCAUGGCUUCAGAAGCAAUGUUAUAACCAGUGAGAACCUUAAUUUGUUCAUCAGCCAAAGUUUGGAGGCGAGGCUUGAGAGUGUCAAUGACACAUGCGUGCUAUCUCACAGCUUUGAAGGCUUUAAAUUUUGGGGCAGCAGGGACUCGAUGGUCAUUAUUUAAUUUGAAAUUUCCAUUCAAGUCUUCAAUAAGGCAAAUACACAUGGAAAAUAAUCACAAAAGUGAUUCAAGAGGUGCUUUAAUUGUACUAGAAGGGUUGGAUCGAAGUGGGAAGACUUUACAAUCAAGAAAGAUGAUUUCUUACUUGGAAGGACUCAGCUAUUCAGUUGAAUCAUGGCGUUUUCCUGAUAGAAAUACUGGUGUUGGGCAAAUGAUUUCCUCUUAUCUUGCUAACAAGUCAGAGUUGGAUGAUCACGCAAUCCAUCUACUCUUUAGUGCAAAUCGUUGGGAGAAGAGAUCCUUGAUGGAGAAUAAACUGAGAAGUGGAACCACCCUAAUUGUAGAUCGCUAUUCAUUUUCUGGGGUGGCUUUUUCAUCUGCCAAAGGACUUGAUAUUGAAUGGUGUAAGAAAGCGGCUGAAAGAGGAGGCUAUGGAGGGGAGAGAUACGAGCAGCUUGAGUUUCAAAGAAAAGUUGCCCGCUCAUAUCAGAUACUCCAUGAUGCCUCAUGGAAGACCAUAGAUGCCUGUCUCCCCAUUGAAGAUGUUGAGAAACAGUUGCAGGAGGCGGUACUGGAUUGUGUGACAACAUGCGAAAAGGGGAAACCCCUGUCACAGCUCUGGUCAAGUUGAGAUUGAUUCCCCAGAAAGGAAUGGGAUAACUUAAAUGUUGGCAACUAUGAUUAUAAUCAAUAGUUCAGUCUGGUUUGUUAUGAAGACAAAUGCUUUUGAUCCUCUCUGCCAUGUUUUUAUAACCAUAUUUAGCUUUUUUUGACAACUUAUAGAUUGGUAUAUUUUUUCCAGCUUA